AUGGCCGGACAGCGAGCCCGGCAGAGGUUGGCUUGCGCACUCAUCUUCUUGUUGGCGAUGGGGGAGGUCUCCGCCGCGCGAGAGAAGUUUGCAACGGCGCAUGCAGUCAAGAUCAUCGGAAAUGCCAGGGAGGAGUCCUCUGCUCGACAUCAACAGCAAGAGUUGGUCACGGAUGCUGGCAGCUUCUCCGUCUCGACCAUGUGGGCCUCGGGGAAGCAGAGCUCCUUACAAUGGCUUUCUGCUAAUGUGACCUUCAGAUACAAGGAGGAAUCGCCUCCGUACAUCGAGAUUGGUGGCCUGGACACAACCUACCGCAUCUUGCCGGAUGCCGUGGUGGCGACCGAGAAGAUCAACGGCAUGCAAACCAUGUGGAUCGUGGGAUGGCAGGCUUAUCGUGCAAGCAAGGGCCACUUCGGAUCCAGCCACUACUCCAAGGACGAGGCCCUGUACUUUCGCAUGGAAAUGAAUCCGGUGGUGGGAGAGACCAAGUCGGGUUACUUCCGUUCUGCAGGGCACAAGAUCUAUGAACACAAGGAAGGCGACAAGAUUCUCCGCUACUUCCUCAACAGCAAAGGCACACAAAAGACAGUGGACGAGGAUGAGGUGGACUUUCACGCAGGGAAGUCCUACGACCCCAAGAUGGAGCUGCAGGUACCCGGCCAAACCCCGAAGACCAUGACGCGGCCCGAUCAGGACCUCAUGGCGUUGGUGGAUGGCAUGCUCGGCGAGGUCUCCUGCAUGGGCAAGCCAAAUACCUGUGCUUUCCGCUGCUUCUACGACUCGGAGAACGAUGUUUGUGGCCCCUUGCACUUCUGUGAGAAGGUUGGCUCCGGCCCUGCAGACAACCUGGCACCUUUCGGUGCUGAACAGAAGUGCAAGGCAUUGGGUGCAACAGAUCAUGAGGCUGCGGAUCUGGAGAUUGCAAAGAAGAUGGAGGAUAUCAAGAAAGAGAUGUUAGACCUUGUUGAGAAGAUGGAACAGAGCCCAGCGAUUUCGGAAAAGAGUUCGAGCCGAUCUUCUUUGAAGGCUUCUGCGGCGAUGUUUCAGGAAGUCACCCAGAUGCUUGAUGUGAUGGAGGCCUUCCCGAUGAGACUUGCCCCCGAGGGGGGCGACUUCACCAGAGCUGCGGCACGCGCGGCGAAAACGGACAUGAAGCACUGGCGCGGCCGCCCGGACCGGUUGACCAUUCCACAGUACGAGAAGGCAGGCCAGGCCAGCAUCGCGGACGUGCGCGACUCUCAGGACUUCUCUGUGCCAGCAAAGCUGCACAGCACCUUGGUGGACUAUGUCAAGAAGCGCCCCAAUAUGCUUAUCCAGUUCCUCAAGCAAGAGACCCAUGAUAAGUGUAGCCUCAGCGACGAGACGGACGACAGGCGAGCAGAGUUGGAGACCUUUGCGGACUACUUUCUGAGUGUGCCUGGCCACAACCUCAAUGACCUGAAGGACAUUUCCCAGGGGAUCCCAACAGCGUGCCGGGAUUUUCUCCUCAAUGAAGGAGAAACGGAUGUCCAGAGCCUGAUUCAGACCGCUGAAGAAGGGAAGCAGUUGUUGUCCAACUCGGCGAGUGCAACGAGUGCAGGCGCAGACGGCUUCAUUCAGGUGAAGUCGAGCCGUUUGGCCCGUGCCUUAGGCUCGGAGAAGAUCAGCCUCCUGGAGAGCGGGACUUCGGAUUUCGCAGACGACGAGUCUGAGAGAGUGCAGGACGUGGGCUUCAUCAUUUUCUGCAUCGUCGUCUGCAUCGUCUUGUUCAUCGUCACCGUGGGCCUCUGGAAAUUAAGCAUCCACAUAUUCCAAAAGUCAUGCUUGACGGAAGGUGGAUUGGGCUGCUUCGGGACCUUCGUCUUCUUUGUCAUGGGAGCCCUGGUCAUCUGCUUCGCCUUCGCCUUGGCCUUGCCCAUUGGCAUCACGGUGCUUGUUGCCGCCAUCCUUGGGGGUGUCGGGGUGGUGGUGAAGGAGGUCAAAGACGAGGGCUCCGAAGGGACGAUGUCGAGCUGGAGGGCCGCCAUGUGA